GCGGCGUGCGGGGCCCGGGGGCUCCGCGCCCUCCAUGCGCCGAGGCGCGCCCCGAGACAGCCAGGGGCCCGCGCCGCAGCCGCCGCCGCCGCCGCCCGCGCUGAGCCCCGGCGCUGCCCGCGGCCCUCUCCCGGCGGCAGCAUGAGCCAGGCCGAGCUGUCCACCUGCUCGGCGCCGCAGACGCAGCGCAUCUUCCAGGAGGCGGUGCGCAAGGGCAACACGCAGGAGUUGCAGUCGCUGCUGCAGAACAUGACCAACUGCGAGUUCAACGUGAACUCGUUCGGGCCUGAGGGCCAGACGGCGCUGCACCAGUCGGUGAUCGACGGCAACCUGGAGCUCGUGAAGCUGCUGGUCAAGUUCGGCGCCGACAUCCGCCUGGCCAACCGCGACGGCUGGAGCGCGCUGCACAUCGCCGCGUUCGGCGGACACCAGGACAUCGUGCUCUAUCUCAUCACCAAGGCCAAGUACGCGGGCAGCGGCCGGUGAUGCCCGCCCGGACCCGGACGCGGGCCUCGAGCGUGUCCUCUGCUGUACCUUCCCGCCAACUACCUCGGUGCGCACCGGGCUCCCGGGCCCAGAGGCCACAACGAGUCUGGCGCGCGCGCGUCCGCGCCCACGGGGGCCGCGCGGCGCCCGCUGCCCUGGAUCGACGCCCCCGCGCGGCCGCCGGGACCCCGGCGGAGGGCUUCCCACGGCCCCCGCCCGCCGCCUCGCGGGUGGAGGGGGGCGUUGUGCGGGAGGUGGGGGCGGGGCGCGGGCUGCAGCCCCUUUGAAAUUUGAGUCUCGCUACCAGCAAGUUCGGAGUCCCGAGACACCGGAUCCUCCGGUCAAAAUGUUUUCUCCCGAAGGUGGAAGGCGGGCGGUGGGGACGCCGGGCUCGGGGCUCCCCGCCGCCCGCAGGACUCGCGGCCGAAGCCCGCAGUCGCCUAGGGGCCACGGCGGGGCUUCUCCGGGCCGGACGCGCGAUAGUGGAGACGCUUCGUUGUUCCUGGGGUUCUAAAGUAUUUAUCAUGUGUGUGUAUAUUUGUGGGUGAAGUUUGUGCGCCUGAUUUAUUUUUUUUGUUGUUUGGAAACUAUUGUGCGUGGUCAAUGUGGUUAUAGGGGGGGAAGAUGCAUUUUUUUUCCUAGUCUUAAAACUAAAACUUGAGUCUGUCAUUUCUUGGUUGCACUGAAAAUACCGCCCGGCCUGAUGGUUUUCCCGUGCUAGUCCCUCUCCCUCCUUUCUCUCUCUCCCCUCCCCCCGCCCUCCCC